AUGGUGGAGCCGGUGACCACCGAUUUGAUGUGUUUCUACACCCCCAAGGACAUCAACACGACCAUCGCUCAGACCCUGAGCGUGCGCCUUGUCGGCUCAUGGCAAGAGCUGGGCUGCUGCAGCGCGUUUGGUGACGUCCUGCUGAUGGAGCAGCUCAGGCCGCUAACAAACACCUCGGUCGCCCCGCCGCCGCGCCUAGUGGCCAGCUCGCGCGCGUCCCACAAGGACCACCCGUGGGGCGAGCCGCACGAUUUCGCGUACACUGAGAACUAUGUGGUGCGGCUGACGCCGGGCUCCAUAAUUGACCUGCAGACCAAGGUGUUCCAGGGCUACUUUCCCACAUUGCGGGCCAACGUGUCACUAGCAUAUAUUCCGCGGGUGUCAAACCGCCGGCGCCGGGGCAGCAGCGGCCACAGCGUGAGCGAGCUCGGCGGUGUGCAUCAAAGCCGCAGUGGCGUCGGCGAGGGGUUCCUCGUCAGGCCCGCGCGCGCGCGCGACUUCUGGCCCCUGGCGGACCUCCACUGCUCGGUGUUCUUCCCCGGCCAGCCGCACGACGGCUGGAAGGGCAGCCUUUCGCGGGUGGACCGCGUCCUCGCGCUGCAGAUGAACCUGGCCCUGGAGCAGCGGCACAUGGGCAGGGCGAUAUGCUUCAUGGCGGUCGACCCAGAACACGCGGAGGAAGAGGCCGGGGACAACAGCAGCAGAAGCAGCAGCAGCAGCAGCAGCAGCAGCAGCAGCAGCAGCAGCGCAGACGGCUCUGGCGACGCAGGCGGUGGCGCCCCCAGUGUCGGCGUGCACAGGACCAGCACAGUCGGGGGCGCCGGCAGCAGCACCCUCCAGGACGGCGCUGACAAGCGGUGGAAGGGCCCAAAGCAGCUUCUCGGCUUCGCGCGGUGGGCCGCGCGCUCGGAGGUGCGGCGCGCGCUGGGCGUGAGCUUCGAGGAGCGCGGGCUGCUGGGUGCAGCGCAGCUGGACUCGUUUGGGGACGUCGUGCCGCCAAAGACGCUGAACGCGCAGCGGGACGGCGCCAUCGGCUGGAUACGGCGCGAGGGCAUCUGCUACCUGAGCAACGUGGCAGUCAGCAGCACGGCGCGGCGGCGGGGCAUCGCGCGGCGACUGAUGGCCGAGGCGGAGGCGACCGCUGCCGAGUGGGGCUUCCGAUGCGUAUCCCUGCACUGCGACCAGGAGAAUCAGGCGGCCUGGCAGCUGUACCGGGAGCUGGGCUACAGGCGCGUGGCACUCGAAGCCCCCUGGGCGCCCUACCUCAACGGACGGCCCCCCAACCGCUGCUGGCUGUUGGUCAAGCGCCUGCCGUCGGACUUGGUCGAGGCGGCGCGGCGGCGGCAGCAGGAGGCGGAGCGGGAGCAGCAGCAGGCGGCAGCCGCAGCAGCGGCGGCGGCGCAGUGUGAGGUGGAGCCUGAGCUCGGGCGGCAGGGCAGCAGCGAGGUGCGAGGGCGGAGCACGCCGCUGCUGGCGUUGUAG